CAAGCUGCGGUUCUCGCUCCAGAACCGGGCGGUUGCUAUUAUUUUGCUGCUCUCUAGCUCUAUUGGAUUUGGAAGAUACAUGACAUCUUGAUCAUCACGGUGAUCGUGUGCCAGCGCAUGGCCUCCUGAUGCUCGGCAACUCAUGCAAGAAUAUAUGCCAGCUAACAGGGGAACUAUCUGGAACGUCUUGCUUAUAUAGCUGUGAAACCACACAUUUGCGACAUAACCGCCGAACUCCAACAAGAGCACAUCACAAUGACCAAGUCUGCACGACGCUCCGGCAAGGGUAAGGCAUCAGCAUCGCGCUCUGCCUCGUCCUCCGGAUCGUCAACUCCCAGCUCGCAAGCAGGCCCUCUGCCACCCUUCUCCAAGGCACCCGCCAUCCUCCGGCCCUUCCUCGAGCCCCUCUCACCACAAGAGGUUUAUCUGAUCCACAUCGACACCUCCCCGCCAGACCUCAAGAAACAAACCUUCAUCGUACCAGCCAUAAUCAAUGCCGUGAUCGUCGCCAUUUUCGCCCUCCGCAUCUACAUGGUGCGCAACACCUACCCCGCCAUGAUCGCCACGGUCAUCGGACUCGCCAGCUGGGCGGGGGUAGACACCUCGCGGCUCUCCUCAGCCGAAACAACAAGCCUCAUCCUCCGCCGCACCUUCAGCCUCAUGAUCGACUACUUCCUCAUAACCGUCUUCCUAUCCUGGCCGAUUCGCUUCAUCCGCGGGCCCGUACAAUGGCGCCGCAAAAUCGGCUUCCAGGGCCGCGAAAUCAUCGUCCGCCGCAGCCAGCGCACCCUCUCGCAGACCCUGGAGCGAAACCGCUGGAUCCGUGACAACGACGAAGCCCGCGACAAGAUCGUCGCGGCCGUUACUCCCGACCGCAUCCGCAAGACAGGAUACCUGCUCGUCGACGCGGACUGGGACCUAGACUACGACGCCAUGAUCAACGCGCACGAGAUGGUCGAUCCCGUGCGGAAAGACGGCCGCGUUCCCUUGUCUGAGUUCCGCACAGCGGUGCUGGUCAAUACCGAUGCGGAUGGGUGGCUGAUCUGGCGGGUGGAAGACGAGGACACCGCGGAGGCGAGGACGCGGUCUGCGCAGAGCGACCAGAUCCUGGCGUUCAAGGACAAAUUAACUGCCAUGGGCAAGGAGGAUCUUUUCUUCAGGUGGGUAGAGCUAGUCCAGUACCAGAGCACGCAGCCGGGCGGCUUCACGCCGGAAAGGCAGCGGUCCGCCAUGCUGCAGGCGAAGGAGCUGUUCGAGAAGGAGAACGUCGACUUUGCGCGCUUCUGGCAGGAAGUUGGGGGGAUGGAGGGGUUUGCUGAUCAGCUCGAUUGAGGAGUGAAUCAACUCGCUUUCGGGGAAAAGCGCUGUUGACGUUGUACCUUGAUACGGGCGGAGUUUUCUAUAGAGGUUGAAGUUGAGCAUAUGGAGCGUAUAAUCUGAUCAUCAAAUAUCCGUAGUUUCUGAUCUAUGAGUUAUUGCGACAGGACAGGCUAAAUAACAUAUAAAAGAAAACAAGUCGUGUUCCAAGCG